UAGCUUUUUCUUUUACCAAUUUUCAUAAUACAUAUUUAAAAUUCUGAUAUUAGGGUAGUAGGGUAUUUUUUAAAAAUUUCACGUAAUGUUGGCAUUUAGAUUUACCAUGAGAUUCUCGCAACCCGCUCUGCAGCAGAAGCAGCAGCAUGACAUAAAUCGGCAGAGACGACGGAAUCUUCAGGUAUCUGUGGUGGGGGCAUCUGGUGGGAUUGGACAAGCCCUCUCAUUGUUGUUGAAAAUGAAUCCGCUCAUUGAGACAUUGGUACUGCAUGAUGUGGCCAACACGAAGGGAGUGGCGGCUGAUCUUUCCCACAUCUGCACGAGUCCAACUGUAAAGUCCUAUACGGGCGAAAAGGAAUUGAAGAAGGCCCUAAAAGGAUCCGAUAUUGUUGUGGUUCCUGCUGGUCGACCUAGACGUCCUGGCAUGGAUAGGAAAGAUCUGCUUGAGUCAAAUGCCAAUGUUGCAAUCGCAGUCGCCAUGGCUGUGAGUUCAGUUUGUCCAUCGGCUUUUCUAGCCAUUAUAACGAAUCCAGUCAACACGAUUGUGCCCAUUGUUAGAGAUAUUUUGAAGUCACAAGACUCAUAUGAUCCGAAGCGAUUGUUUGGUAUAACCACACUGGAUGUUGUACGUGCGAAAACGUUUCUGGGCCAGAGCCUGUGCAUUGAUCCCCAACGUAUAAAUAUACCAGUGAUAGGAGGACAUUCUGGCAUCACAAUCCUUCCAUUAUUUUCGCAAUCCAAUCCGCCUUUUAAGGGCGAUGAAUCGGAAAAAAAGGAACUCAUUGAACGUGUUCAAGAAGGCGGCAGUGAGGUGGUUAAAGCCAAAGCUGGCAGUGGUUCUGCCACUCUAUCAAUGGCCUUUGCCGGAGCCCAAUUUGUGGGCUCUCUUAUUAAAGGCAUCAAGAAUGAGGAAGAUAAACCUAUAGUUGAAUGCGCCUUUGUCGAAUCGAAUGUGACGCCUCUUGAAUUCUUUGCAAGCCCAGUCAUAUUGGGCCCCUCGGGCAUAAAGGAUAUCCCUUGCUUACCUGAACUUGACCAACUCGAAAGCCAAAUGCUGCAGGGCCUGUUGCCAGUUUUGUUAAAGGACAUUGAACAGGGUGUGAAAUAUGCCAACAAUUUUAUUACAUCUGGAUGCUAGUUAAAUACAUAAUACGCUGAUUUGUUCAAUA